AUGCGUCUGCGUCCGUCUCUUCCAGCUUCUUCCUCAUCUGCAAUGUCCUGGCAGUCCAUUUCGCUGUCUAACUCUGGCAUCCCCUUGCCUCUCCGCCGUGUCCUUCGCGCGCUACAAUCUCUUGUUUUCGUAGCGGGCAUGGCAGCAGUGGAGCGCAAUUAUUGGUCGACACUCUUCCGCAACAUCGUCACCCGUCUUUUUGCCUUCAUCAUCCGUGGCCUGCGCGUUCGUGUCGUCAAAUUUCGCAUCUGGAAGGACGGCGGCUCGUGGGAGUGCAAAGCGGAGCACUUCAUUCUUCAAGGGCGUGCGAACGGUAUCUUCGGCUCUCGAUACUCGCUCUCUGUCAACGAGUUUUACGCCAACGUUUGCAAAGCUCCAGUCAGCGAUUCUCAUUUUUAUACUCCUAUCGAGGCCUCUUUCAAACUUCGCCAUGGUAUAGAAGUCAUUGCAUUCUUAACGCCUCGCUUCUUCACUCUUUUGCGACCACGUCGGAUGGCCAUCAUGGACGACUUGCGAAUAUCUCUCAAUGUGCGCGAAGUAUCCUGUACCGCUCCUCGCGUUCUGGAUGCUUCUAUUUCUCAGAUUGCUAUGGAGCUAACGCCCGGGUACUCGCGAGGACUACGCGCAAAACUGCCUCCUUCAGCCCCUGCAACGAAGUAUCCGCGAAAACCAAGUAUCUUACGGUACUGGGAGGGAAACGGGGAGGUUAAAGGAUUUGCGAUUCGGUUCACUGCCCCAGUUGCUAGACAGCUCAGCGAAGCUUCCACCAGACUGACCGGCAUGUCCCUACCGCAAUCGGUUUCUGAGGCGUUCAAACCGAAGACGUCGCAAUUGAAAUCGACAGAAGCUUCGGAGAACGGAGUGUUUGCCCGCUUUGAGAGCGUGGAGGUUACAGCUUAUGGAAAGGCUGCAGAUGAAAGGCAUGAGGCCAUGGCACAUGCAGCUAUCAAUGUUCGCGGUUGCAGCGCGGGAAGUAUUGCAGUUGAUGCGCUUUCUGUACAACUUUAUGAAGCAACAGCCGCUCAUGGGGAUAUGUCGAGCAAGGUUGAAACUUCUCAUGCAUCUGAACACGUCGAGUCUUCCGAAGGAAUCGAUAAAAUUGUGGCGGCAAGGCCAGAGGCUUUGCUGUGGAUUGAAGAUGUCUCCGCCGCACUUGAUAUCAACUGUUCGAAGCGGCACUCGAUGCGAGUUGACAUCGCAGGCAACGGUGGAGUUGUGGCUAUUGAGCCGUUGGGCUUAGUCACACUUGUACAAGAUCUCGCAAGUUUUGCAUCAAGCUAUAUAUCUCCACAUCCGAUACGGCCACGAUGGACCACAAGCACAGACACAGAGAGCACCACAUCCCUUGCCCGAACUUCUAGUGGUAGCAGCUUGCAAAGUUCCGACGACGAGUCGACUUCUUUGCGAUUGGUUUCUGAUCUACGGCAUUGGACUGCGGUUGUACUAGGUCAUGGGCCGAUCGGUGAUGGUGAUACAAUGGCCAUCGUAUUAUCGAGUCAGAGUAUUGCGGUUCCACAACUAGACUUUUUCGGGGGCACCAGCGCACGAAUUCAUGGUGUCGUGAAUAACGUGGAGCUCCAACAUUGGAGUCAAUGGGCGCGAACAACGAACCUGGUAUGCAAAGAGGCGAUGUUUGAUAUUCAUCCAAACGCGGGACAGAACAAAGCCAUCAGCCUAACAGAUACUUGCAUUAAUUGGGAUCUCGAUGUUCAAUCUGGUCUAGAGAGUUUGCCUGGAUUGUUUGCAUCAUUGAAAAAGCUUAAGUCGUUGGUAGGAAUGUUGAGAAUCUCGCCAGAUUCCGACAGAGAUGAUAUUGCUGUGACUAUGCCACAAACUCUCUCUCGUAUGGACCUAGAGAGAGUUCAUGUGCCAGAAUCGGAGCGAAGAGAGCGUCGCAAAAGAAAACAUCAGAAGCUCAUGAACGCUAUGAGCAAAUGGGAAGUGAACGCAACUAACAUUUCCAUUACGGCCUCUUUUCCAGACGGGCCGAACAUCGGUAUUACUGCAGGAGAGCUUCCAGUGUUCUGCCUCAGUGCGGAAACAUACGUUGGUCUUCAUGUAGUUCUGAAGAUGCAGGACCGGAAGUGUAUUUAUGGGUCAGAGCUUCGUUUAGACUCUCCUUUGCAUACCAUGAACAGAAAUAUCGAAAAGAGAAGACUUGGGAUAGAGGUCCAUGGUUUGCGCCUAAUGCUUUUGCACGACUUUCAAUUUGGUCAAGUACUUCAGGAUUGGCUUUUACGAUUUCGUACAGUUUUGAAAGUCAGUCGUGAAGCACGUCUCCGAAGACGAGGGAUUCCUAUAGAUAAGGUUCGUCGACGCCCGCUAUUCGACAUACGGUUUACUGCGAAAGAUGUGGAAGUUUACAUUGAAGACCACCCUCUGGGAGGCUUCCUCACUCGCAUGCUGCCAUUGUUCCAAGACGAAACAAGGGAAAGACUUGUGCGUGAACAAUUAAUGGCAGUUCGUAUCCAGCAGCUUGAGAGAAUUGCUCGAGCUGAAAUUGCCGGUACGGCUCAGCGCUGUGUUGAUGCCUUGAAGAAGAACGAUUCACAGAUAUGGUUCGAUCGCGUUCGAAAACUGAAAGAUUCGACUCCCGCGAAAUGUAUUGCGAAUGGGCACCUGCCCCCCUUGGAAUUUGCGCCACUAGCUACUUUUGUGGCUGCAAGUCUUUCUUUUGAUAUCACUAUGGACGACGCCGUGAGGGAGCAGGGAAGCAUAGAAAGCAUUCGACGCUUGAAGAUGCUAGAUGACUAUGAGCUUGGUCUAAAGAAGCACAACAAGACACGCCAACACGAUUCCGAUGCUUGGAAUUCCAUUGGUUUUAGAGCUGUGCAGUUUGAUGCUAGCGGAGUGCGUUUACGUUUUCGGGAUUAUCCUGUAGCAUUUGUGGUAAUCGAUCGGAUGUACUUCGACAAAACUGUUAUUGGACAAGCUGUACAAGCAACACUGGCCCCGUAUGUGGCAGAGGCAACUGUGGCUAUCGGGCGACGUCGUCUCGUUAAAAUCGUGAAAGGCUUAGGUUCAACAAAGACAUUUGCAGAUAUCCACCUCAUAAUUGAUACGCUUCAAUGUGGAUAUAACCCAUCCUUUCUCGGUGCAAUAGGUGACUUCGGAAGGGGCGUUUCCCGAUUCUUUGCAGGUGGCAAGAAUCCUUCCCCCAGAAUUCCAUGGUUCGACACGCUGCGAGUGAACAUGCAUGGGCGAAUGAGGCUAACUGCCAAAAAGCUGAAAGGGCAUCUAUCGAGCUCGGUCUCUCCAUACUCAAUGACGAAGCAUUUUGUUGAUAUAGAAGCUGAUAACUUUGAGAUGUUGACCUCAAGGCUUGAAUCUACGACAGAAGACCCGUUUCCAAUUUCAUGGAAGAUGCAAAACUGGUAUUUGCGUCCCUCUAGUUUCGACAAGAACUUCAGGAGCAAAUUAGUUUUCGAUUUCGUCCGCGUCGGUCUGAAACCUACAAUUUCAGUAUUGGGUGGCGACCCGCAGGAUCAUUAUUUCAUUCCGUUUCCGAGCAGAGAAGACGUCUCGCAAGGAGGGCCAGGCAUCGGGAAAGGUUCCGCAACUCUACUAUUCGCAAAUGACCCCGUUCAAGUCGCUCCUAACGGAUUCGGGGGGUUUACGACAUGGAUGACGGGAUUACAUGAGAUUCCUGGCGUUGAUUCUUUCAAGGACUAUAAAACUCAUACAAUGAUCUUAGGAGUUGACUUGUGCAUAACUCAUUCGAAGUGUGAUAAGUCUCCUUUUGAUGAGAUGGAAAGCUGCAGCGCAGAAAACGCCAACUUGUUCGGCUCGUUUUCAGAACCGGGGUCUUCGGUUCUGCACUCUGAUGCCGUAUCGACUUUGAUCAAAGUUGUGAAGAAGUUUGUUCGAAGGCCAAUAUCAUGUCGGUUGGCACCACGUCGUGCCGCGAAAGUGCGCAGGCCUCCAAGCCCCACAGGUCUUUCAAGCACAUUAGUCGGUUUAGAUUUUACAAUUGACGCAAAGAACUUGAAACUUGCGUUGUACAACAAUUUGGAACCUGGCCAUGGAUUAUUCCUCUCCGUAUCUAGUCUUACAGGAGAGCUCAGGAAGCGAACCAAGAUUCAAAGACUGGAGGGCAGAAACGUGAAAAGGACAUCAAAGCUCACCAAACGGCGAUUACAGGUAGUCGAUAUUUACUCGAGCAUCCGGGUCCCUGGACUGGAUAUGGCUGUGGAUUCAGAUGAUACCGGCAAACUGCUAACGGUAGACAAAGUCUGGCUUUCUGAUGAUUUGGCUAUGGGACCGAAUUGCGGUUCGUCGUCCAUGAGCAAGGGGACAAGCCACCUGAAUAGUCCCACACGAAAUUGCCCGGUUUCUGGAUUUGGAAGUGACGACCUUGAACAUUCACCAUUCUACACUUUUUCGGCGACUCAUCCAUUUCAGCGGGGGACGAGGCUUGAUAAACAGCUACACGACAAGCAGCUUCGUGUUGAUCGUGUGCGGCUAAUCUGGUCACCCGUCAGACGGGUAUCUAUGUCUGCAUGGCCUGAUGCAUUCAAGGAGAAGUCGUUUGCUAUGAAAGCUCCAAAAGUUGAUUUUACGCAAGAGACGAGCGUAGAGCCUGCCAAGACGUCUCCAUUUGCAAAGGUAGAAACAGGCGAGGAGGAACAAGGCGGUUCUCGGAAGUUGUCGGACGGCGAUUACAUUUCUAACCUGGAUAUUUCGGACCCGUCUCCUUUUACCUCAGAUAGUAAGAUCCAUACCAAGCAAAAAACCGCGAGGGACAUGCGAAGGUCACGGACAAGCAGUGAAUACGCCUACCUAGCAAGCGAAUUAUCAAGUCCAAGCACCCAACGCGGUGAUGCAGAUCCACUUUCACCCCCGCUGCUUUCCAUGCCAAGAUCGCGAGUCCCGGCAUGGAGACGUCCAAUGGGAACAAUGAUUGACCUUCUUUCACCCCGAGAUUCUGAAUCGUCUGAGUCUCGUUGUCGGCUCAAUGAUUGCAACAUUGACGGUUUGGCAUGCGGUAGCAUUGAGGUACUCAAGACAGCACCAAAGGUCGUUCUGCACAUUAAUGAUUGUCAGGUUGCAUUUGGUUCUCCUGAAACUAGUGGAAUGGUCUUUUUAACCUCACGAGCUGUCCGUGUUGGCAUUAUUGACAAGGAGCUUCGGAAGAAUAUGCAACUCGGGGAGACAAAUGAGGAAUGGUCCGCACGCGAAUACCGUGUUCAUCUGAAUGAAGCAAACCUCUUUUCGAGAAGUGCAUCGUCUGGAGAGUUUGACUUCAGCGGGAAACAGUGGGUUGACCCAAUGCGAUCAAAAGCGGACUCUCUGGCACUUGUGACGAGACGUCCUAUAUCUAUGGAUUUGAUGUACAUAUCUUCCUCGAGCACUCCACGGGAAAAUGAUGAGGGCCACGGAGAUGAUCACAUCCUGAGACCGUCUCUCUUGUAUAUUAACAUUCCUGACAUUACCAUGUCUACCAAUGCCGAUGAGUUCCACGCUGUCGCAGACGUUAUCCGAAAAGUCUUAAUGCAGAGUAUGCGCUCUUCUGAGGUUGUGAACGAAGAACUUUCAAAGCUGCGGUUCAAGCUACAACUUGCUGGUGGGAAAGUGUCGUCUGAAGAAUUAGAUGACUUUAUGCGCACACUGAAUAACGUCACAAAGCAAUUCUUGUACGCUGGAGAUACUUUUCAACAACAUCUAGUUGAUAAUUUGAUAUUGCCAGGAGAAAAAUCAUUUUCGGACACUAUGCUACGGUACAAGGCAAAGGCCAAAGCGGUGGCUACUUUCAUGCGCCAGGACCAGAAAGCCAGCGCGACCGACAUUCAGUAUCCGACGAUGUAUGUUUCCUACUCAUUCGACAGGUGUUCAUGGGAACUUAGAGAGACGUACAAGGAGAUGCAUAGAGUCACAGAGCAUCCAUUCGUUGAACUCACGUUAGACGAUCUAGUAUGUCGCCAUAUCUUCUACAUCGGAAGAGGGAGCUCUACGGAAAUGACAUUCGGAAACAUUAGUGCUCAGAACAAAAUCAAGAGCAGUUACUUCAAGCGUAUCCUGGAACCAGCCGCGGCUGGUGUAGAUCGGAAGAGCAGUCGAAUCAAAGCAUCAGAUGGGGCUCCAGUCGCUUUUCGAUGGUAUUCAACUCAAGAAGACCGUGUCGGUGGCAUCCCCGUGUACAACCUCCUGACAAUUCAAGUUGCCCCAAUGAGUGCACAUCUGACCAGAAAGCUAUGGACUAGCGUUUCCGGUUUCAUUUUCUCAGCCCGAUCGAAGCCUGGACCAGAUGAUGACAACGCCAUAGAUGCGAAGAGCCCAGCAUUCUCGAGGACUUUAUCCCGAAGUAAUAUGAGUUCUCCGAACUUGAGUACCGGAACUGACACGAGUUCUGGUGCUAUUCCACUGGUGACGAAAGCCCCGUCGAAGAUGGACGACGUUAGCCAAAUGGCCCGACGUGGGGAAUCGAGCAUGCUUUUUAAAUACAUAUUCAUUGAUGCCUUCGAACUUACUGCGUCAUACAAGAACAAAGAGAAUCCAACACGAGGGGUUCUAGACUUUUUUGACUUGUUCGUUACGACGCCAAGCUUUAGCUAUUCGAGCCAACUUUGGACGUGGAGAACAUUUUCGACGCAGAUUCGCAAGGACCUUGUUAUGACGUUUGCUCGACGAGGUGUCUCCAACCUGGCUCUGAGCAAGCUGCUGCCGCCAUACUAUAGAGCUCGCCGAAAACUGAUGCAGAGUGCGGGCACUGUAAAAGAGAGCUUGCAAUACCUUGUACCCUCCACAUCCAUGACAGCUCAAGCCAGCUCGCAGGGUCAGGCCGAUGUUCAAGAAGAAGAUGUACCGGAUCCGGAAGAAGUUCAGGGGAACAAAGAUAGCACACAGGGCAUAUCCAAUGGAGAUCAUUCCUCUAGUGGCUUUGAGGAAGACGAGGAGGAAGAUCGGCAGGCAAAGAUUGAUGCGGCUCUAGAAGAUAUCUUAACAGACAGACAACAACGAGAGCAGGCGGUCUUGAGAGCAUUGUAUGGGGAACAACAAACCCCAGGGACUACUGUACGAGAUGGAAGGAAAAGUAAGAAUGGAAGUCGGUCGAUGACUGCAAGCGAGUCAAGCGGUGAAAGCAUGUCAUACAGACGGCGCCGCGAACAUACACCACCCCUCCCGAUGCCUACAACAACGGGUGGGAACGGGACGAUGUCAAGCACUUACCACAGCAGUCGCGAAGAAGAAGGUUUGGUAUGGCCGCAAGCCCCGAAAGUAUCACUAUUUAGUCGAUUCCGACGCAGAGCGAACGAUAUCACGACUACGUUGAUAUCAGAGCUGGAUGAACAUCGGAUCGACUAAUCUGCCGGCGCAAACACGGCAUUUGAGCUACCUCAAGUUGUUUAUGUAUUGUAAGAAACGUGUGAAACAUAUAUUUUGUAAAGACCUGUACCGCUGCACGCCCUAUAUUAAAAGAGUCUGUCCCGUCAAAACAGCCUUUUCCUGCUUG